CACACACACACACAAAAGCACACACACAGGUGAGAAAACAGAGGAUAAAAACAAACCAUACACUUUUUUUCUCUCCUUUUGAGACCUAAAUUCAAGAAUGUUGCUUUCUCUGUUUUUGCUGCAAUCAGAUAUUCUCUCCAACCCUUCAAGUCAAAAGUUAUGGGAAAUGGAAGAAAGAAAAGGGGCACAGCUCAUGGCAUAUAUUCCCUCCCCCUAAAGCACAAACCCCACUUGCAUUUCCAGAUAUAGAACGACGAACAUUCGAACGACACCCUAACCAACUCCCAAUUAUAAAGACAAUUAUCGACUCCCCACAAAUUCUUCUCAUACAGACAGACACCAAUGGCUCUAAAGAAUGCACACGGCAAAGAGACAACCUUGGUUUUAUCGAGCGAUGCAAAGCCUAGAUUGAAAUGGACUCGUGAACUUCACCAGAUAUUCAUCGAUUCAGUCAACCAUCUCGGCGGUGCAGAGAAAGCUACACCUAAAUCGUUGAUGAGAAUCAUGGGCAUCGAUGGACUCACCUUGUACCAUCUCAAGAGCCAUUUACAGAAAUAUCGACUCGGAAAAAGUCAACUACCGCACACCUGCCACCAGAAUAAACCGGAAGAUAUUGAAGAAAAUCAGUUGACCGACAAGACUUGUGAUGGAGCGCAUGAGCAGAUUAAAGAAAGUUUGCAGGUGGCACAUUCUUUACAAAUGCAAAUGGAAGUGCAGAAAAAGCUUCACGAGCAAAUUGAGGUGCAACGGCAUUUGCAGCUAAGAAUCGAAGCUCAAGGGAAAUACUUACAAUCGGUAUUGAGAAAAGCACAGGAGACCAUUUCUGAAUACAGUUCUUGCUCGAUUGAGGUUGAACAUGCGAAAGCGCAGCUUUCUCAGUUAGCAUCAAUGGUGGACUCGACUUGUCCGAGUUCUUCAUUCUCGGUUUUGACCGAGAGUGGUGGAUCGUUGUUAAAGAACGAAGGGAACAAGCCAUUAGGACACAACGGAUAUUCACUUGAAAGUUCUCUGACAUCAUCUGACAGCUCAGCGAUGAAGGAAGAAACUCAGACAACGCAACAACUUGCCAAGAAUUAUACGACCAUUAAUAAAGGGAAGAGAAAUUCGGCCAUGCUCUCACUUAUGGAAAUGAAUCCAGCCAAAAACAGUGAAUCGGAAAAUCAAGCGAGAAACGUAAAAAGGAGCAAAAGCACCACCACAGAUGAAAUCAAUCACAGAGAGAAAUUUGAUUGUGAUAAGCAAGUGCAAAGGUUUAAUUUGAAUGACUUCGAUUCGGGUCCAAAAGUGAUAGAUUUGAACCGCAACGGUCUCGAUCUAUUCGGUGCAUCUUUUAGUAUCUAGAGACAUUAUUAAUUGGUUUUUAUAAGUCACGUGAAAUAUAAAGCGUAAUCGGUCCGACUAGCCAAGAAUAGGAUAUGAUGCUAUAGUAACUAGUAAUUGUGUAUAUUUGUUUUCGGUAUUGUGCUAUAACGAACUUUCUGGAGUAUAUCCAACUUACUAGUAAACCUUAUCUUGUGC